AUGAAAUUUGGGCACGCAACUGCACUGUACUACUCUACAGCUGCAUUCCUUUUGUGUGCUGUCUUCAAGGCGCGUACUAAGCAGACAGCUCGCAAAUCCACCGGCGGCAAGGCCCGGCGCAAACAGCUGGCCACCAAGGCGGCCCGCAAGAGCGCACCGGUCACGGGCGGCGUGAAGAAGCCCCACAGCUACCGGCCAGGGACGGUGGCGCUGCGCGAGGUCCGCCGCUACCAGAAGUCCACCGAGCUGCUGAUCCGCAAGCUGCCGUUCCAGGGGUUGGUACGCGAAAUCGCGCAGUACUUCAAGACCGAUCUGUGCUUCCAGAGCUCGGCCAUGAUGGCGCUGCAGGGGGCGUGUGAGGCCUAUCUGGUGGGGCUCUUCGAGGACACCAACCUGUGUGCCAUCCACGCCAAGCGUGUCACCAUCAUGCCCGAGGAUAUCCAGCUGGCGCGCCGCAAAUGGGAGAGAGCAUGAGUCAUGGUAUGCUCUGAACUGAAAAAGGCUCUUUUCAGAGCCACCUACUUUGUCAAUAAAACUGCUGUAAUGCUUUCCCUAUUUUACGUCUCUCCGUGAAAGUUUCUGAGGAAUAUGUAAAAAAAAAAUGAAUUAGAAGCAUA